AUGUGGUUUACUCUGGAUGUGGCAAGCCCUGGCUGUGACGGUACUGCUAAAAACAUCAUGGCAGUACCUGUCAGUUCUUCUCCUAAUGUAGGGGAAGAAAUGGAUCUUGAAGAAGUCAUCCUGGAAUUGCAUUCUCAGUUACAACAGAGCAAGCAGGCUUUCCAGGACCUCAGAGAAAAAUUUCUCAUUUGUAAAUCUACGACCUACUCCCUGGCAAAGCAGCUCCAGAAGUAUCAAUGCAACAAGGACAACGACCUAAUUGUUUCCGUGUUGGGGGAGAAGAUGCAGUCCCAUGACGGGGAACUGGCCGAGAGACUGACGGUAGAAGAGCAGCUAAGGGAAUCCAAUAUCAUCGACCAUCAAACCCAGGAGCUGUCUGAACUGAGGAAUAGAGUACGUCAUGGGAAAAAUGUUUCAUUACUUAUCAGAGAGCAUCUGUGGGAACUCCUCACUCUGCACAGUUCUGACAGCCACAAAUUGCAGUGA